AUAAGUCUUAGGCCCAUAAGGAUAACAUUGCUUCUGUACCCAAACAGAAUUGCAAAAAUUUCAAAUCGGAGAAGGGAUAAAUCGACGACGACUGUUUCUCUCACAUAGACUAACCUUAGUCGUCGUCUCCGGCAGAGAAAUUUAGGUGAAGUAAAGAGAAAGAUCGAAUCCGAUUGAGAGAUGGAGAAGUCUGUGGAUCUAGUACCGGCGAUGGUUGUAUUUCUCGCCGCAGUUCACGUUAUCGCCUUGGUUUACUGGAUUUAUAGAUUGGCCUCUGAUCGUCCACCUCAGAGAAAAAAAUCUCAGUGAGGAAACGUCGAUUUCGACUGCGAUUCAUCGAUUGGUGUGUUAUUGUUUCCGAUCUGAUUUUGCGUUUAUAGGCGUUUUUGUGAUUUGUUAAGUUUUGAUGACGACUUUGUCACUGAGUAUUUUAUUUGGAAUUGAACUUUUAGUUUCGACAUACCCGCGUAGUAGGGAUUGGCUAUGGAAAAAAAAAAUCUUUGCUCAAACAUUAUUGUUAAUGAAGGAUGUGUUCUUUG